CGUCAGUCAUGUUAAUGCAUUACCAUCAAUGGAUGACAACAGAAAAGCUCCGUGAAUUCAAAAAUUAUCAGACGCGCCUAACGCCAUAUUGAUUAUAGGGUUUACUCGUGUGUACUAGCGUGCAGAAUAAUCGUUAAAACUAUAAUUUCAAAUUUCUCGUAGCAAGCGCACACUAUAGCGUCGCUUUGCCCGCCACUUCUUCUGCAGAAUCGCGUUGAUUAUGUUUUGAGCAAAUAUAAACAUUCGAGUUGACUAAAUCAAUGUGAAUAUGACUACUGAAAGUCAAGGAAGCUCCAGUGAGGCAAUGGAUGUUGAUCCACCUCCUAAAGAUGCAGAAGAAGAAGGAAAAGAAGAAAAUAGCGAUGAAGCAGGAGGUUGGAGAGUAUCUGAUGAUAUUUGUAUUCCUCCACCACCAAUGGUUUUCGGUGAAUAUGAUACUAAAGGCCCAAGACUAAUGAUUGUGAAAAUUGUUACAAAAAAUUUCAAAAGUUAUGCUGGAACCAUUGAGAUUGGACCUUUCCACAAGUGCUUUUCUUCUAUCGUUGGUCCCAAUGGAAAUGGAAAAAGUAAUGCAAUUGAUUCUAUGCUCUUUGUAUUUGGUUAUCGUGCAAAUAAAAUCAGAACAAAAAAAGUAGCUGAGCUUAUACAUAAUUCAAAUGAACAUCCUCAUUGCUCAAGUUGUUCAGUUUCUGUACAUUUUCAACAAAUUAUUGAUAAGCCUGGACAAGAUUACGAUAUCAUUCCUAACAGUGAAUUUUAUAUCUCAAGAACAGCAUUCAAAGAUAGUUCUUCUUAUUAUGAAAUUAAUGGCCGGAAAGCUCAAUUUAAACAAAUCACGAACCUUUUAAAAUCUCAUCACGUUGAUUUGGAUCAUAAUAGAUUUUUGAUCUUACAAGGAGAAGUAGAACAAAUUGCCCUUAUGAAACCCAAAGGCUUGACAGAAGGUGAUACUGGUAUGUUAGAGUUUUUGGAAGAUAUUAUUGGAACUACUAGAUAUCGAGAACCCUUAGAAAAAUUAUUUGUCAGAGUAGAAGAGCUUUCUGAAAUCCGUGAAGAGAAAUUAAGACGUUUAAAAGUAGUUGAAAAAGCCAAAAUAGACUUAGAAAAACCUAUGCAAGAAGCUGUUCAAUAUUUAAAAGGGGAAAAUUCUAUAAUAAAACUUCAACAUCGAUAUUAUCAAAUCAAAAGGUAUGAAAUUGAAGAACAAUUAGAGAAAGAAGAAGAGAUUAAAAAAGAAUUAGAUGAAGACCAUGGAAAAUUGGUAGAAGAAAUGAAUAAAGUUCAAGCAGAACGUGAUGAAAAGACAAACAUUUUUAAAGAAAAAUCUAAGAAAUGGGAAAAAUUACAAGUGAAGAAAGAUGGACUGACUGCAGAGUUUGAUGAAAUUCGAAAAAAAGAUGAAGCCCUUCAUGCUGAAUCUGUAGCAACAAAUAAAAGAAGAAAAGAUAACAUGACCACUGUAAAAAAUGAAAAAAGUAAAUUAGAGGACUUAGAAAAAGUACCUGAAAAAAACCAAAAAGACAUAGAAGAGUGUGAAAAACUUCAAGAAAAACAAUUAGAAGACAAGGAAAAAGAAGAAGCUGCUCUUGUUACAUUGAUGAGUGGGCUUAAAGAAAAAACUGAACCUCUCAUAGAAAAACGUGCUAGCUAUGAGAAAAAAUUGGUUCCGCAACGUAAAAAUGUUGAUGAAACAAAGUCUGCUUUGGACAUAGCUAAAUCGAAAUUGAAUUUAUACACCUCAGAAGAACAAACAGAAAAAAAUAAGUUGCAAGAACUACAAGAACAUAUGAAAACUACUAGUGAAAGAUUAGUCAAAUGCAAAAAGGAACUGGCUAGUAUAGAACCCAAAAUUCCAGUAACUGAAGAAGAAUUGGAAGGUGCUAAAAAAAAACUUGAAGCAUUGAAGGCCCGUGAAAGUGAAGCAAAUGCACGUUUGCGAAAUACCAGAUUGAAAUUCGAUGAGCAAAAAUCCGCUAUGCAAGCGGGUAGAUCGAGAAAUCACAUCUUGAAUUCACUCAUGAAAGAAAAAAGAGAAGGCAGGAUACCAGGAAUAUUUGGUAGACUGGGUGAUCUUGGAGCAAUUGACGCCAAAUACGAUGUAGCCAUAUCUACAGCUUGUGGUCCUUUGGAUAAUAUAGUUGUUGAUACAGUUAAUACCGCUACUGAGUGCAUUAAAUUUUUGCGGGAUAACGACAUUGGUCGGGGUACCUUUAUUGCCCUAGAAAAGCAACAACGUUUUGCUCGUCAAUGUCAGGAAAAAAUACGAACACCCGAAAAUGUUCCCAGACUCUUCGAUCUAAUUCAAGUCGAAGAUAAACGUUUAUUACCUGCAUUUUAUUACGCCAUACAAAACACACUUGUAGCCAAUGACAUUGAUCAAGCGACGCGCAUUGGUUACGGUGCUCAACGUUUCCGCGUUGUAACUUUAAAGGGUGAAAUGAUUGAACUUUCUGGUACGAUGAGUGGUGGUGGCCGUACUUCAGCCCGUGGACGAAUGGGUCAAAAAGUAGCACGUAGCGAACCAACUGCUCAAGAUAUCGAAAAAUUGCAGCGCGAGCUCGACCAAGUUUUCGAAGAGUAUAAUAAUGUGAAAGCUCUUCAACCACCCUUGGAAGAAAAAAUCCAUUCCCUCAGCAAUUCUUUAAAAGAAAUGAUAGUAAAUAAAGAUAAAUGUAAAAUCGAAGCUAAUCAACUAAGUGUUGCUGAACCAAAUUUACGUAAGCAGUUAAAGGAACAAGAGAAAAAAACUCAAGCAACAGUUUGCGAUGCUAAAAAAGUUAAAGAACUCACAAAAAUUGUGGAGGAGGCAGAAAAAAGAUACAAUGAAGCUCUUGAAGAUUGUAAAGAAUUAGAAAAUGCAGUUAAUCAUAUCAAUCAAAAAAUAGAGGAGAUUUCUGGUGGACGGGUCAAAGAACAACAAAAGAAAAUAUCCAGUCUAACAAAAGCUAUCGAUAAAACCAAAGGUGAAAUUUGCAGGUUGCAAGUUGCUAUAAAAACAGCCGAACGUAACGCCAAGAAAGCUGAACAAAGGAUUGAGACCCUUGAAACAGAAAUUAAAAACUGCGAACAACGAAUUCGUGAAAUAAUGAAAGAAAAAGCCGAAUGUGAAAAAAUGGGUUCAGACGUCAUGAGUCAAUUGAAAGAAAUCAAUAAAGAGCUAGCUGAACGGGAUGAACUUGCAGUUGAAUUAAAAAGUGAAUUGGAUAAAUUACAAUCUAGAGAGAGCAAGAUGAAAGCUGUCAAAAUAGAUCUUGAUCAAAAACUCAAUGAAAAGAACAAAAUUGUUAAAGAAUUUCGUCAAAGAAUUCCUGAACUUACAAGAGCCAUGGAUAAUUUGAAACUUCAAGAAAUUCCCAAUGAAAACGAGGAAACUUUCAGCGAGUUUACCAAAGAGGAGUUAGCAGAAUUAGAUAGUAAAGUCGUUGCUCAGCAACUGCAAAAAGCUAAAGAAAAAUUACCUAAAGAAAUACCGAAUAUGCAGAUAAUUGAUCAAUUCAAAGCUCAGAAUGAAGAAUAUCUUAGACGUUCGGAAAAAUUACAAAAAAUUACAGAAGAACGCAACAAAAUGCGUGAAACUUAUCAGGUUGCUGUGCGUAAGCGCAUGCAAGAGUUCAAUGCAGGAUUCGGCCUCAUUACUGGAAAACUUAAAGAAAUGUACCGCAUGAUUACGCUAGGCGGUGAUGCCGAGCUCGAACUCGUCGAUUCGCUCGAUCCUUUCAGUGAAGGUAUCGUUUUUAGCGUUCGACCACCAAAAAAAUCUUGGAAAUACAUUCAAAAUCUCAGUGGUGGUGAAAAAACUCUGAGUUCGUUAGCUUUGGUGUUUGCUUUGCAUCAUUACAAACCGACACCAGUUUAUUUUAUGGACGAAAUUGAUGCUGCUCUAGAUUUCAAAAAUGUUUCAAUUGUUGCUAGUUACAUUAAAGAACGUACGAAAAAUGCACAGUUCAUUGUCAUAUCUCACCGAUCUGACAUGUUUGAGCUAGCAGAUUAUCUUGUAGGCAUCUACAAGAUAUUCAAUAGUAGUAAAUGCGCGGUAGUAGAUGUAAAAAAAUUUAAUAAGAAAAUCGGAAUCACGGAAGCAACUUAUCAAAAUCAACAAGUCAAGCCACAGUCAUUCAUGUCACAACCAUGUCCAGUUGCUCCGAGUUUUUCUCAAAUGAUGUCUGAUACUAGGACAGAAACUAUAACCAGGCCAGUCAUUCCUGCUACCUGUCCCGAAAAUAUUAAUAGAGACAGAGAAAUAAAUAAAGACGACGCUAAUCGAGAAAACGAUGCAAACCGAGAAAACGAGAAUGAAAAUACUUUCGACUUAAGACUUGGGGAUAUAAGCUUGCCUUGUACGCCACUAAAAACACCCUUGAAGACGCCGCCUGUAACGAAAAAGCGUAAGGCUGAAGCAACUCCAACACCUAAGAGAGAAAAGAACGCAAGACGUAAUGUACAAAGUGAAUUAGACAAAAUCGCAGAAAUGGACAGUUCUCAAAGGUCACCGUUAAGUUCACAAGAAGACGAUAGCAUGACAACACCUAGACGAACAUCAAGAGUUAGAAAAGUUAAAGUGCCAGUAGAUCUAGGAGCUGAUGAUCUUGUAUCAUCGUCACGUAAACGACGCAAGCAAUGAAAAUAAAGUUAAAAAUGCUGUAAGAGACUUGAAAGUGUUUAGGGCAAUAUUUUUUUUACAAAUAGUCGUCGCACUUCUUGAAUUGUGGGACAAUCUAUCUCAAGUGCAAAUUGUAUAUAAGAUUAAAGUUCAUUUCGAGAUGUUGCAUGAUUAUUUAAAAAAAAUCAGAUUAUAAUAGAAGUAUAUAUUUUUAAAAUUUAAAUAUUUAAGAUUAAUUUAACAA